AUGUCAGAUUCGAUCUCUCGGGAGCUCACGGGUUACCAGGCAGUUGACGAGCCGGUGAUGCUGCUGUUGGAGUUCUUCGCUCAAGGGCUCAAGAAGCAUCCUGAGAGUAAGGGCAUGGACCUUGAAGCGCUUCUGGCUUUUGUGUACUUGGCCGCGCAGUUCUGUGGCGCUUGGUAUCUCAUAGCUCUUGAAGGGCUGAGGUUUGGCAACCGUGGAACAAUUCUGAGCUGCAAUGGCCAUCUGGACCGGCUAUCAACUCUACUUGGCACAAAGAGCCCCCAGUAG